AUGGGCGGCAAGACUCUCCAGAACUCGAGGCCGAAGAAGUACGGCAAGGGCGGCCGCCGCUGCCGCGUCUGCGGCAACCAGGGCGGCGGCAUGAUCCGCAAGUACAACAUGAACAUCUGCCGGCAGUGCUUCCGCCAGUACGCGGCGGACAUCGGCUUCCAGAAGUACAACUAA